AUGAACUUCUAUAAUUCCAAAGGCGGCGUCACCAACAAGAGUAAAGGAGUUCUUAUGAAGAAGGUCAUACUUGAGGAAGACAUCAGGGGUUUAAAAGGGAAGAUUGAUGGUCAUGCUGGAAUUCCUCCCAAUUUUGAACAACCUAUAGUGGUUCAUAAGAAGAAGUUAGAGGAUAAUAGUGGUGAUGGCAUAAUUCAUCCUAUUAAAAUAUUUUCUCACGAUUCUGAAGCUUCUGGUAGAAUUAUUAGAAAUUAUCAUGACAGUCUAAUGUCUUAUGGUGAAGAAUCCCAGCAAAUAAAUUUGAGGAAUCCAGAUAGUGAUAAGGAUGUGGAAGACAUCAUGUCUGACAUGUUGACAGAGUCUCAAGUGCAUAAGGAGAAUGAUGAUCAUGACCAUGAAGAUGUGGAGGAUGCUAUUGUUAUAUUUGAUGGUGGUGUUUUCAAUUACCAUGAUCAUGCAUUUGAAGAUGUGAAGGCAUUGGGUGAAGGUGUGAAUGAAAGCAGUUGUACUACUAUUGACCUUCUGUGUACCAUGGAUAAAUUAACCAAGUUUCAUGACAAGAGUACUCAUGAAAAGGAUCAUGUGGUGAAGGUGAAUGAAAACUUUGAUGAUGUUGUAAAUAAUGAAGUUCUUGUUGGGUAUAAACAUGUUAGUGAAUAUGCUAAUGAAGAUGUUGAUCCCUGCAAAAAUUUGUUGAAGAGAAAAUUUGUGAAGUGGAUACCCGUUGAAAGGAUGACUCCAAGACAAUCUUGGAAAAAUAAAGAAAGUGAUUAG